AUGCACGACCCUUCGUUGACCCCUUUUGGUGAACAACAAUGCGCUGCUCUCCGCGAAACAUUUCCCUACCACGACAAGCUCUGUCUCCUCGUCUCUUCACCUCUCCGUCGUACCAUCUACACGACUCUUCUCAGCUUUACUCCUGCCCUCAACAACGGCCGUUGCCAACAGAACAUUGUCGCUCUGCCUGAAAUGCAGGAAUCAUCCGAUUUUCCCUGUGAUACGGGGAGCGAUCCGCACCAGCUCGCUGAGGAAAUGGCAGAAAACCAUGUACCUGUUGACUUGAGUUUGGUGAAAGAAGGCUGGAACGUUAAAAAGUUGGACAGCAAGUGGGCACCUACUUCUGAAGCAUUGAGUAAGAGAGCCAGGGAAGCGAGGAUCUACAUUCGCGAUCGAAUCCUCGACUUACAGAAGGGAGGUGAAAAGAGUCCAGAGGUCGUUGUCGUUACUCAUGGAGGAUUUUUGCACUAUUUCACAGAGGAUUGGGAAGAUAGUGGUGCGUACAAUGCGUACAAGAACGACAGAAUUAACGAAUUGCGUUGGGACAUUCCAGGCACGGGUUGGCGCAAUACAGAAUACAGAUCCUUCAACUUCGCCGACCUCAACCCCUCCAGCACCUCCGAAUCCAUCAAGGGCACGCAAAGCAACGAACAUCUCGAUGACUACGAAAACGCCACUCUCCGCGAAACCAACGAAUCCCGUGCUCGUCGGGGCAAAGAAGAGCCUCAACAUGGACGAGACAAACAAGCCGAGCUUUUCAAUGCAGCAAUGUGGGGAUGGAAAGACCAAGGCACGCAGAAUCCCGACAAGAUUGGGGAAGUUGAGGAGGAGGGAGAUGAAGAAGAGGCGCUGCUUAGAGUGCUAACGAAGGGUAGUGAAAAUGUGGAUAAGAAAGGUGGAGAGGCCCCAGCGACGGACAGGAGGGGCGAAUCGACUGCCGAUGCUGUUGCUAAGGAGAGGGAGAGAAGCAGGAGUUUGAGCGUAAGGGUGGCGGCAUAG